AUGGGGAGGGAAGGGGGAGAGGAGAGGCGGGGAGGGGGCGGGGCGCGGACCCCCGUUGGGGAGGAGGGGAAGGCGGGGCCCCCGGCGUGGUGGGAGGGCGUAGGGACCCCCACCGGAGGGGAGGAGGGGGCGGGCACCCCGAGAAGGAAGGGAGAGGGGAAGGACCCCGGUGGGAGCGGGGCUGCGCGGGGCGGAGCGUGGGCUGACGCCGAGGGCCGGGCCGGGCCAGGCCGGGCCGGCUGGGCCGGGGGCGGCGAGGAAGGGGCGGCGGCGAGCGCGCCCAGCGGGGACGAGCCGGGGCGGGGCGGCGCCGAGGCGGUCCGCGGUGGCGUGCGGGGCGGCGGGCGGCGGGCGGCGGCGCGCGCGGGGGCCGGCCCCCGGGCGGGCGGGCGGAGGGGGCGGGGCCGGGGCGGCGGGCGGCCCGCGCGGGGGCGGCGGCGGCGGCGGCGGCGGCGGCGGCGGCCGGGGCCCGGCGGAAGCGGCGGCGGCGGCGGCGGCGCGGGGCGCUCGGGCUGA